GGUAGAGAUUGCAGUAACACGCUUUCUUCUUAUUUUUUUGUGCUUUGUUGUUUACUUCUUUUGAUGCACCAAUUUAACGUGUUUUCUAGCAAUGAUUGUUGUGAGAUCGCAGGCAGCGAGGAUGACAGCUCGAGUUUAUUUCUUGUUGAUUGCUGUUUUAUCGUGUCUGUUUGGAUACCUGAACACGACUCGCAUCAUUCAAAGACGAAGCACAGUGAAGCCGGGUCAGUGUCCCAUACCGGAGAUGAUUCCACUGUGGGCUGAAAGCUGUUUCAAUGAUGGACAGUGUCCGACCACACAGAAGUGUUGCCCAACCACCAGUGGCUUUGCAUGCAGUGAACCACGUGGUCCAGUACAGGGCAGUAAACCAGACCAGGGAAGCCGACAGGGACAGAGUAGCAGACAAGGCCAGGCUAGCGGAUGGGGCAGUGGACCAGGAAAGGGAAGCGGACAGGCUAGUGGCCACGGACAGGGUAAGGGAAGCGGACAGGCUAGUGGCCACGAACCGGGACAGGGUAAGGGAAGCGGACAGGCUAGUGGCCAAGGACAGGGUAAGGGAAGCGGACAGGCUAGUGGCCAAGGACCGGGUAAGGGAAGCGGACAGGCUAGCGGCCAAGGACAGGGUAAGGGAAGCGGACAGGCUAGCGGCCAAGGACAGGGUAAGGGAAGAGGACAGGCUAGCGGCCAAGGACAGGGUAAGGGAAGCGGACAGGCUAGCGGCCAAGGACAGGGUAAGGGAAGCGGACAGGCUAGCGGCCAAGGACAGGGUAAGGGAAGCGGACAGGCUAGCGGCCAAGGACAGGGCCAGGCUAGCGGCCACGGACAGGGCCAGGCUAGCGGCCACGGACAGGGCCAGGCUAGCGGCCACGGACAGGGUAAGGGAAGUGGACAGGGCCAGGCUAGCGGCCACGGACAGGGACAGGCUAGCGGACAGGGACAGGCUAGCGGCCACGGACAGGGACAGGCUAGCGGCCACGGACAGGGUAAGGGAAGUGGACUGGGACAGGGCCAGGCUAGCGGCCACGGACAGGGCCAGGCUAGCGGCCACGGACAGGGCCAGGCUAGCGGCCACGGACAGGGCCAGGCUAGCGGCCACGGACAGGGCCAGGCUAGCGGCCACGGACAGGGCCAGGCUAGCGGCCACGGACAGGGCAAGGGAAGUGGACUGGGACAGGGACAGGCUAGUGGCCAUGGACAGGGCCAGGCUAGCGGCCACGAACCGGGACAGGGUAAGGGAAGUGGACUGGGCCAGGGAAACGGACAGGCUAGUGGACAGUCUAGCUUCUGGGGAAGAGGCCAGGGUCAGGGACCGCAGUGGCAAUGGGGACCGUGGUGGCAAUGGGGACCAUGGGGCAGAUGGGGACUGUGGUGAUGGCGGGCCAGGGGAGUGUUCAAUGAAAUUGUUAGUGUGGUCAUUGAAAUGGUCAUGGGGAUUUUGCCUAACACCUACUGGAGAUCUCUCAAAUUCCGUGAUCUUCAUAUGGCAUGUUUUCCCUGUUUGCUCAACCUUUUUGACUUUCUGCCUCUCCUCUACCACCUCAAAUAAAAAUUGCUUUAUUGAAAA